UAAACAAAUAUUAUACUUAAAAUUUGAAUCUAAUAAAAUAAAUAAUUCAUUUAAUAUGAGUCGGAGGAAGCGAGCGAAGAUUGAUCUAGAAGAGAAGGCCAAACAGGAAGAUAUAAAGCCCGACAGUUCGGAAAAAUCAAAAUCCGGAUCCACAGACAAGAAACAGUCAGCAGCUGGCACUUCGAAAACAUCUAAAAAAGAAUUGAAGAAGGAGAAAGAAGUCAAAAAGGAGGAGGUGAAGAAAGAAAAAGAUGAAGAGAAAAAGAAGGAGCUUGAUCCAGAAUCUGAACUGGACGAUCCCGUCAUUAAAGACUUGUUCACAGGCUUGGAAGGGGCUGCUUUCCAAAGCCGUAUGCCAUUUGACAAGCUAACUUCAACCGAAGCGGCUUGUUUCCCGGAUAUCGCACAGGCCGCCUUGCAAACUGUCAAAGUGUACUUGAACAUUCGGAACCGCAUACUGCAGAUGUGGCUGGAGAAUCCCAAGCAGCAGCUUAUUGUCGAAGAUGUCAUUGAGAGGAUGGAGGUGCCUUAUAACAGUGAUUUACCGUUACUCAAAAGAGUGCAUACGUUUUUGGAGAGGAAUGGUUUCAUUAAUUUUGGAAUAUUCAAGAGACUGAAGCCCAUUCCCACCAAAAAGUAUGGGAAGGUGAUUGUGAUUGGGGCUGGAAUAGCAGGAUUGGCAGCAGCCCAGCAGAUGCAGCAGUUUGGGUUAGAAGUAAUCGUUUUGGAGGCUCGAGAUCGCGUGGGAGGCAGAAUUGCGACCUUCAGAAAAGGUCAAUAUAUUGCGGAUUUGGGUGCAAUGGUAGUAACAGGACUCGGUGGUAAUCCUGUAACCACCUUGAGCAAACAAAUUGACAUGGAGUUGCACAGAAUUCGUCAAAAAUGCCCGUUAUAUCAGUCGAGCGGCGUUACUGUCGACAAAGAAAAAGACGAGAUGGUUGAAAGAGAAUUCAACAGGCUUCUUGAAGCCACCUCCUAUUUAUCCCACCAAUUGGAUUUCAAUUAUGCUGGCAACAAACCAGUGAGUCUAGGACAAGCAUUGGAAUGGAUUAUAAAGCUUCAAGAAAAGCAUGUUAAAGAGAAGCAAAUCCAACAUUUGAAGUCGGUGAUUGCGUUGCAAGAAAAGUUAAAAACCAAUCAAAAGCAGUUGAUUGACAUCAAAGAACAAAUGCAAGAACACAACGAAAAACUGGAGGAUUUGAAGAACAUUGAGAAGAGGGACAUUCAAUUGGAAUUUGCGUAUCGCAGUACGAUAAAGGAUUUGCACUACCUCGCCAAGGAGUGGGACCAACUGCAGCAACAAGCAAAAGAGAUUGAAGAAAAGUUGAAGAUUUUAGAAGCCUCACCGCCAAGUGAUGUGUAUUUGUCGAGUAAGGACCGCCAGAUUUUAGAUUGGCAUUUUGCAAAUUUGGAAUUUGCUAAUGCGACACCCCUGUCGAAUUUAUCUCUGAAGCACUGGGAUCAGGAUGACGAUUUCGAAUUUACAGGAAAUCAUCUAACAGUUCGCAAUGGAUACUCAUGCGUUCCGGUUGCUUUGGCUGAAGGGUUGGACAUCAAAUUGAACGCAGCUGUUCGCAAAGUUGAAUACAACAACAGAGGCGUGGAAGUUACGGUUUAUAAUCCUCGAAAUACGUCCAAUAUCAACACAUACCACGCUGAUGUAGUGCUUUGUACACUUCCACUUGGUGUACUAAAGUUAAGCGCUGCUCAAAGCAGCACUCAACUUAAUACAGUUCAAUUUGUUCCCCCAUUACCAGAUUGGAAAACUUCAGCUAUACAGCGAUUAGGUUUUGGUAACUUGAAUAAAGUUGUUUUAUGCUUCGAAAGGAUCUUUUGGAAUCCUCAGGCGAACUUGUUUGGACAUGUAGGAAGUACAACCGCUAGCCGAGGGGAAUUAUUUCUGUUCUGGAAUCUCUAUAAAGCUCCGGUUUUACUGGCACUGGUGGCUGGCGAAGCUGCUGCUAUCAUGGAAAACGUAACGGAUGACGUUAUUGUUGGGCGAUGUAUUGCUGUGCUAAGAGGAAUAUUUGGUCAAUCCGGAGUACCCCAGCCAAAAGAAACAGUGGUUACACGUUGGAGGGCUGAUCCAUGGUCCAGAGGUUCCUACAGUUUUGUGGCAGUUGGUAGUUCUGGAAGUGAUUACGAUUUACUCGCCUCCCCAGUUAUUCCCCCAAAUGCACAAGGUGUUUCUGUUACUUCAGGACCAGCAAGAGUAUUCUUUGCUGGAGAGCACACAAUUAGAAAUUAUCCUGCGACAGUGCAUGGAGCGUUUCUUAGCGGACAAAGGGAAGCCAGUCGAAUUGCAGAUCAAAUAAUUGGCAAUCCCUGUCAUCCCGUACCAGCUGAGAAUUAAACUUACUACCGCUAAGUUACUUAUUUUUUAGGUAAUUAUUAAUUGCACUUAGUAUUAUUCACAAUGUCCACAAUGUAAUUUUUUGUCCUAUUGAUGUUGAAUAAAGUCUUUUAAAUAA